UUCGCCACGUGUCAAUCUGGUUGGAGGAGUAAAUGGACAGAGGACAGUUGUCAUGAUGCCUGGAGUAGCUCGUGGAAGAGGAGGGAGUGCAUUUAAUCGUACAUCUGGUCAGAGAAACCGUGGUGGCAUAAAGAAUAGCCGUGGUGGUGGUGUUGUAAACAAGCGUGGCGGCGGUGGUGGGCGUGGUGGCGGUGGUGGUGGUCGUGGGCGGGGAAGAGGGAGGAAGGUGGCGGGGGGUGACAAUUGUGUACAAAAAGCGUAUUUGGUUUUGCAACAGUGUGUUUUUAAUCUUUUCGAUUCAACUUCUGACCAAAUUGCCCCUGGUGUUGCUUUGAUGAAAUUCAACUGUUAUGAUGUGGAGACAUCAAAGUUUAUAGUUUUCUUGAUCAAUUUGAUAGAUAAGGACCCAAAGAAAAGGAAUUGA